CGUAGGAUUUGACGUACACUGACGUACGUAUGCGGAAGUUCAUUUGUAAACAAAAACGACAAUCACAUAAUUUCUCCUCUGAGACAAUUCAAAACGAAACAAAUACACAUCUCUUGGAGUAUAUCUUGUUAAACGUUCCUGAUGUGUGGCAGUGCUUGAUGCUCAGUACUGUAAGAAGACAUACUUCGGUGUCGUAGGCCUGGAGGCACGACUGCAGCCAGCAUGUCAAGGAAACAGACAUCAAAACCUGUGCGGAGCAAUAAAAAGAGCGAACUGGAACGCAAGAGGGAUGACCGGGCAGCUCGCCGGGCCAUUGUGAAAGACCGCAAGAACCGGCCUCAGGAUGGUGAUGAAGGAGCAGAGUUUGCCAGUUUCUCCAUUCAGCUCCAGGCACUGGGACUUAAGCUGAGAGAAGUCCCCGGGGAUGGAAACUGCCUGUUCAGAGCUUUAGGCGACCAGUUAGAGGGUCACUCCCGGGGUCACCUGCGGCUUCGCCAGGAGACUGUCCAGUAUAUGACGUCCUAUCGACAAGACUUUGAACCCUUCGUCGAAGAUGAUGUGCCCUUCACACAGCACUUGUCGAGCCUCUCUCAGCCCGGUACAUUUGCUGGCAAUGACGCUAUUGUAGCCUUUGCUCGCAGUCAACAGGUGAAAGUGGUCAUCCAUCAGCUGAACACACCACUGUGGGAGAUAAAUGGUGCAGAGAAGCAGGUGUGCAGAGAGCUACACAUUGCCUACCGCUAUGGAGAUCAUUAUGACAGUGUCAGGCGGGUCGGAGACAACUCUGAAAGUCCUGCUCAGCUCCGCAUAGAGAAUAUGCAGAAUUCGCCAGGCCAGCAGCGUGAGUUUGGGGACGGUCAGAGGGAGCGACACAAAAACCCUUCCCCCACAGCCUUCGAGGAGGACAACGUGAUCCUGAGCUCCAUCAAGAAUCGAGGAAUCCAGGUUGAUGAGGAGAACCUUCUCCAGCUGAGUGCAGCCACCAUCAAUGCUGAAUGGCUUGUCGGCUCGGUGCUGGGUCAGUCCUGCCAGGGCCAAUGCUCCUCAGGAUCCUGCUCAGCCUGCAGAGCUACAGCCACAGACUGCAGCGAGCACAAGCAGUCAGCAGAGGGCAGCAACCUACAAAAACCUAAGGUAUCAAACAAGCAGAGGAAGGAGCAGCAGAGGCAAGAGAAGAAGAAGCGUCAGGAGGACAGGCAUCGGCAAAAGUUUCUCCAGAGCAAUGGAAGCCAGGACCAGAACCAGAACCUGCCGGAAUCUGUUACUUUAGUACCAGCUCUCAACACUCUCAGUAUAUAGACUGGAGCAUCGCCAAAAUUACCUACUGCUACUCUAGCUAUUGGUGGCUGACGCUGUCCACAAAGUUUUGCACAUAGAGUCAGAGUUGAUUGUCACAGUGGAUGACUUUUCCUAAAGAGAACCCUAUAGUUUCUUUGCAAACAGUAUAACGGUGCCUGCAAACUUGUGUGUGUGUGUGUCUGUGUGCGUGUGUGCGUGUGAAGGAUGUAAAAGUGAAAGAGGAACAAUCAGUGUUUCUGCUAGGUUCAAUACCUGGUUGGUGUUGGUUUAUGUUGGAACUCCUCAGAGCUGUUCUACCUUCCACGCUACCUAUCCCCUCUCUCUCUAUGCUGGAAUUCUGGCUUUCCACGGCAACCAUACAGAUAAUUUCAUGCAGCCGGGCCUUUUGGUUUUGCCACAGAUUUGGGUUAACGUUUGUUCAGAUGUUCAGAUCAUUCAGUUUGUAUGAUCUGACCAAAGUAUAAAAUAACGUAAGGGCGAAAGUUGAAUUAUGUUCAUGCACACUGUGUAAGGAAUGUGGCAAUAAAACUUAAAUAAAUUAUAAAA